AUGGCCGCAGGGAGGGCGGCAGAGCACCUCCUUCAGCAGCCCACCGCCAGCUCGCCGAUGCCGCCCAUUCGCCGCGUCGGCGCCGCAAUAGCUUUGCGAGCAGUGUGGCUCCUCAGAUAUGAUCUUGGGGCUGGCGGCGCCGUGCUCUUCUAUGGAUGUUACCCUGCUGUUGAAGUGCAUGCUAAAACCUUCAACGGGUCAACACAGCCUGUACCCUCUGAAAGUGCUUUUCUUAAAGCCUUGCAUUUUGAACUGGAGCUCACAGAUGACCAUAUCUUCAUGAAGCAUCUAGAUACUUGUACCCAAAUCAAUCAUUCAUCGGUGUAUUCAGUUCGCACCAAAGGAGGGGAUCUCUGGCCCAUGCUUGCUUUUCAGAAGAGUGGUCCAAUAUAUGCAUGUCUUCCAGUAGUUGAGGAGACCUUGGAGCCACAGCCACCCCUCCUCACCGUUAGUGGGCUCUUGCAAGGACUGGCUUUUUUGUUAGGCAUUGUGGGCUACAUCUCUUCAAGUUGGAAAAAUGAAGCUGAUGUGAAAAUAGGCAAGCUUCAAAAUUUGCUUAUACAGACCUUUGGCACCCCCUUAAACACAAACAUACAUAGUUUAAACAGCUUGUUUGAUGACAUUCAGGAAAUACCUACAGAUAAGAAUCAACUGGCUUGGAGAUCCAGCAAUAUAAAGGCAAACCUCAAGUGAACGUCUUGUAUCACUGAAAAAGUCAAGUGUAUGCAGUAUGACACAAGAGAUGUUAUGUACAUGUAGCAAGUUUGUGGAACUGUAAAUUGCAACAUGAAAUGUGAUGUAGAGGGAUCUGCACCAAACAUAACCCUCAGCUUGACUCUCCCGACUAAUGGUCCUCCACUCCAAGAUAUCGUGAUCCGUCAUUUUGUGACUUCCAUUGACACUGCCAUGCUGAUGUCCAGUAGUGCCGAAUCACUGGAUGAUUCUGUGUACAAUGGACCUUACAAAUUUCCUUUCAUUCUUCCUUCAGAUUCCUUCAAUUUGUUUUACUACACUUCCCAGGUUCCUGUUCCACCAAUUUUGGGAUUUUAUCAGCUUGUUGAGGAGUGAUCACAGUUAAAAAUAACAGUUAAUUUAAAGCUUCAUGAAAGCAUAAAGAGUUUUGAGUACUGUAAAGCUUGUAUACCUUUUUUCAACAGGGGCCCAAUCACUCUAUUAGAGUACAAGGUUUGUUAUGGCCAACUGGAUUUGUCUCAAGAGAAGAGCCUACUGGUUUGGAUGCUGUUUCUGGCUUUAGGACAGAAGUUCCCUAAAUUUGUUUCUCUGACUGGAACUGUGGGUUUUGGCACUGCAGGCAAAGAGCACCCAACUGAUUAUAUUUGCACUGAGAAUGCUGCUUACGUGAAAUUGUAUUUUAGAAUCUCAGACUUUACACUUACUGGAUGUUAUGUGCACCAGCAUCCUGUUCAGAUCUUUGUACCAGGAAAACCCCAAAUUACUGCAUCCUGGGAUCUUCUUUCUUCCAGUUACUACAUCUGGAAUUCCAAAGCACCAGCACCUGCAUUUUUUUACACCAUAGACUUGAUUAAUUUUCCUGUGAAUGAUUUUUGCAUUUAAACAAAGCAGACAGCUAAUGAGAGUAGCAUCAUGAUACAGUGAAAAGAAAUGUUUUCCAGCACUUUGUAUUUUGUAUAUUUGUUUAAAGAUUUCUGUUAAGGAAAAACAGAAGUCACUUGUCUUAAAAACGUAAGUUAGUCUUAAAUCGGUUAGUCCUGUGUAAGAGUGUAGAGAAGACAAUUUGAAACGUACUUGCCACAGCCAUUUUUACUUUACAUUCUAACAUUAACUGGUACAAAAUAAGUACCUAGUGAUACAGAUACAGACUGGUAUGAUUGUGCUUGUCUUUUGGGAGGACUCCCAAUUACUUCAUUGGUUUUGUAAGCCAGACAGCUCACAGGACAUGAAUGCUGUCAGUGUCUUAUUCCUGUCCUGAAUUCACAAGAAUCUGAUUAGAUUAACAGGACAGUUAAAAGCAAGAGUGCAUACAGAAUGCAUACAAGUCAGUAAUUUACAAGAAUUUUGAGAGGGGGAGUAUGACACAAUCAGCACUUCUGAAAAAGGAGAUGAUGCAGCAGUCUUUUUGCCUCUGUCAGAAGUGGCAAGUCCCCUUUCACAUGUGCUGUGAAGUGCGAGGUGUGAACCUGGUUUUUAGAAUCAUGAGACUGGCUCCGAGCAGACUGUACCAGCUAAGUCUGCUGGAUGUUCCAAAAACAUCACUGAACUUUUUUCCUUGGAAUGAUAGGUGGAAAAGGACUCAAUUUACAGAGGCAGACCUCUGAUUUUGAGAAGAAAAUUGGUAUCUGCAGGAGCACUGGAAAUGAAUUUUAAGAGAGUUAUCAGGAAACAAGCAAAUUCUGAGAGGCUGGUGAAAAACAGAACCUGGAGGGCAGCACAAAAGAAGAGAAGAAUGCUUUCUAGUAACUGAGCAUGCUGGCUAUGCCUGUUGUACCUCUUGUUUAACUGUAUGCUGUGUGAUAGAUAAGAUUAGUGAUGACAUAAGGAGAAGAGUUUUAAGUUAUAGUUUAAAAAAUGCUUAGAUUGAGAUAGUAAUUUAAUUGGUUGAUUAAAAGUUCUGAAUGGUGGAUUAAUUAAUUUGAAACAUGCCAUUCAGUUCAGACUGCUGUGCAAAUUUGUAAAACAGAGCUGUGCUGCUGUGACCCGUUUUACACAGGUGAUGUGUCGUAGAAUCAUAGGAUAGUUACAGUUGGAAAGGACCUUAAGAUCAUUUAGUUCCAGCCCUCCUGCCAUGGGCAGGGACACCUCACGCUAGACCAUGUUCCUCAAGGUUCUGUUCAACCUGGCCUUGAACACUGCUGGGGUGGAGCAUUUGGGCUAUCUGUUCAGUGCCUCACCACCUUCAUAGUAAAGAACUUCUUCGUUACAUCUAACCUGAAUUUCCCCUGUUGAAGUUUGAACCCAUUACCCUUUGUCCUAUUGCUACAGCCCCUGCUGAAGAGUCCCUCUUCAGCGUCCUAGUAGGCCCACUUCAGAUAUUGGAAGGCUGCUGUGAGGUCUCCAAUGUGUCCAUUUUGAUUAGCAGACAACAGGUGAAUUAAUGAUUUUGCCUAGAACCCAGCCACUACCUGUUACAGCCAUCUGCAUGCCUGAACACCACAAAGUCAGUGGAGAGAAAGGGUCUCUCUAUUCGAAGGGUUAAGAUAAUUUUCUGUACACCAGGCACCCACCACAGGAUUUCGGUGUGUGGUGUUUGCAUUCCACCCGUAAGAAAGAUGAGAGCUGUCUGCUCUGCACAGCAGCCCUAUGGAGGAAUGGCUUCUUCACCUUCACAGGUUCACAGAUUAUUCCUCAGUAAAUGCUGUGAGGGAAUGGGACUGUCAAAAUUCACACUGCACUAGAAGACACCUUGUGCUUAAUAACAGGGGUUCCCUCCCAAAUCAUGAUCCUUUUUGCCUCCCUCUUGCCCAUGUCUAGCUCUCAAGGUUAGGAGAACAGCAGUACUCGGGAAUGGACGCUGCUGCUCUAGAUUACUUUGCACACGCCUCUCAAUGCAGGUUUGGAUGGAGGGAGGGAAUGGAUGAUGUUUCUCUUCUAGCCCUGAGCAGUUUUCUGCAACUUCAUGCAAGCCAUGUGCAGUCUUGGGCAACAUCUGUGAGACACUCGUGCUGAUGGAGACAGUCAGACAAAGCUUUUCUCCUGAUCUGAUGACUAUGCUUGUCCUUGGAAAGGGGAAGGGUCCAUUCUCAUGGAAGCUUCAUAAAUCUUAGUAAACUGGUAAACUGGUAAAGUAAGCUCAGUAGUGAACUCAGUCAGCUUCAUAAACCACAUAAAAUCAGAAAAAUAUCAUUGAGAGCUCGCUUGAGCUUGACAGAGGUGGCAUCUAACAGUAGUUCUGGUGGGCUUUAAAGAUGAUUGAACUCUUUAUCAGUGGUAUUCAUUUAAAAAUAAAAACUUUUAAAAAUCAA